AUGCCUCCGAAGACAAAGCCAGCAGAAGCUGCAGUACCGGCAGAUGACGUGUCUAUGAACGACGAGCCGGUGGGAGACAGCCCAUCGUCGAACGACGACCCGCACAACCCCGCUAGAAUGGCCUUUGGGGAGCAACGAAUUCGGAUUCUACCCGGCUCGUCGGAUACUGCGGCGUCUUUUGAGUUCAAGGGAGAAGAUCAUACGUUGGGAAAUGCCUUGCGGUAUAUCAUCAUGAAAAAGUACGCCCCCGUUCCGGUCCAUUUACCUAGGAGUCCCCAGGAAUACAUCAUCUUGAGUUCAAGUAUAGCUUGUUUGGAAAUUGGCCAGGGUACGGCAGUCGAAGCAUUGGAGAAGGGGCUUGAUGAUCUGAGUGACUUGUGCGAUGUGGUGGAAGAGAAAUUCAUCGAGGCAAGGGACGAGUAUGGCACGCCUAUGGAGGCAUGA